AUGUGGUCAAUGCUAUUGGGUCAAUGGCACUGCUCGUUAACGUGUGUACAGACCAUCAAUGACGUUAAUGACUGUGAAGCCAACCUGAUCAUGGAUCUCGCAAGGGCCCGACACGAUAUAGUUAAUGCGGAGAAAAAACUUGCUGAUUGCAUCGUGCGAGAGCACGAGGUCAUGACCAGUCUUUCAAGAUACAAGUCUGUCAUUUCCAAGCGGAAGCUUGACAAGGCCGAUCACAUGGUUCUCUUGUACGAAAUGUUUGAUCCCAUGGAACCAAUUCAUGUACUACUACUACUAGCGCUUGAGGUAGCUAUUUUACUGACAAACACUGUGAGGCUGUACAUCCUGUUACUGUCGAAAAAAUUUGAUGCCCCGGAGAAAUGUGCUAUGCACAGCAUUGCAAAUACCAAAACACUCGUCCAUGUCGGGAGAAGUAGACACGGAGAUGUCAGGAUGAAAGACAUGCACGCAUCUCAGUCUCUUCCCGAUACUGAGAUGUAA